CCUUCAGCUCCCACAAUCCUCCCCAGUCUUCCCAAGGUGCAGCUUGUUUUUGCUCUUCACACUCGUGUCUGUCUGUCUCUCGCGCUCUGCAGCUGAGGUGGGCGCGCGCAGAGCCUCUGACCCUCUCACCCACUCGCUCGCUCUCCCUCUUCGCUGCAGCUACAGGGGGCUAUGGAUGGGCUGCGUUUGCCUCCGCUCAUUGAGGAGGCUUUGGACUCCACAGAUAACCCCUGUGAUCUGAAAGCGGACAGCAGCCCCACCAUGGACAACGAAAUAACAGCAAAGGAGAGAGGUGUGCUGGAGGAAAACAAUGAGAAGGAGGAGAUGGACCAGGAGAGAGCUCUGGAGGAGGAAGGAGAAGAGAGGAAGUGGAAGGAGGAAGAGGGAGAAGGGCAGGAAGCGAGGAAGGAGCAGGAUCCGUUGACGGAGGAGCAGGAGCUGGAGGAGUUGAGGGCCCAGGUGCUGCAGUUGCUCCUGGAGCUGGAGGAGGCCAGGGAGACCUCCAACAAACACCAGGAGAGUUUCCAUGAACUGCAAGGUCUGUUGGAUGAUGAGCGUCUGGCCAGUGCCCAUCAGGCAGAAGCCUUCACACGUCAGAUCCAGAAUCUACAAGCCCAGCUACGGUCUGUGCAGGAGGAGAUGGACAGCCUGGAGGAGGAGAAGGAGAGCGAACUGGCUGAGGCCCAAGAGGAACUACGUGUGGCUCAGGAGGAGGUACUCCUGCUCCAACAGGCAGCAGAGGAGGCGGCUGCAGAGAGGGAGAACGACAUCGCCUCCUUGCAGGAGGAGCUGUGUCGCAGACGGGCUGAACUGCAGCGUCUUAGUGAGGAGACCCAAGAGUAUGAGCUGGAAAUCACCACGCUGAGGGCUGAGAUCAACAUGAAGAGCCAGCGCAGGGAGGCCGAGAGGAGAGAGGGUGACGUGGAUCUGCUGAAGGAGGAGUGCCGUAUGCUGAGGGAGGAGUGUCAGACCCUGAAGGAGGACAACAGACGUCUCUCAGAGAGACUGCAGCUGCUGCAGAGACAGAGGACGUGUUCCAGUGUCUAUCUGUCACUCAAAGAGGAAGAUCCUGGUGAGGGCACCAAGGGGAAGCAGAUGAAGACUGGUUCGGAUGACGUCAUCUCAGAGAGCUACAUGACUAUGGCCCAGUCCGAAAGCACCAACUGUCGCCUGGUGGACGCCUCCAUCCAGAAAAAUAUUUCAUUCGAUGGGAAGCCUGUCACACCAACCAGCUGGAACAGCGGCAUGGGAGAGAUCCUCUCCUUAAGGGACCAGCUGAAACAGGCAGAGGAGAAGGCCUCGCAGGUUCAGAGAGAGUGUGACGGUGUCAAGCUGGAGCUGCAGGAGCUGCAGGUUCUGUAUGACAGCAGUCAGAGGGAGCGAGCAGAGCUGGAGAAGGAGCUGCAGAGCUGCAAGGCCGAGCUCGAGAAGCUGUGUGGAGGACUCAGGAAUGAUUGUAAUAGUGGCUGUGGUCUGGUGCUGGUUGUCGGAGCUGGCGUCCCAGAGAACAAGGGGAGUGAGGUAGGUUGGAACUCCAUUUUGACUGGUCCACUGCAGCCACAGCAGUGCUUCUAAUGAUACUAGCUUGUUGAGAGCUCUUGUCCGAUGUUAAUUGGAGGGGCAACAACUGCACACAAUCAGACGUCUGCUUCAGACCAGCCUUUGUACUCUCUCGUGCCGUGUCCAUAGACUGAACUGGAAUUAUCUCAGAGCUGACAAGUAUGUGGUACAAGAUUUAUGGGAAACUGCUGCAAAAAGGUACGACCUGCACACACAGGCUGAGAUCGAAGCGUUCAAUCUCACUCAGUUGGGAAAUCAGAUUGUUAUGAUGAUGAGGUCACCCACGUGAGAACUGGACAUUGCUAAAUAAAUGGUUGUGUCACUCUGCUUUUGUGUCUGUGAACGUUUUCUCUUCUUCAUGAAUAAUGUGAU